GCGUGUGAGAACUCUGGACAAACGAAAGACGAAAAAGUAGUGACUCGCGAACGAUUCGUAAUAAUUUUAAUCAUUGCACUUUGGUGUAGUUUUUUCGUGUGCUGAUAAAAUUUGCCGACUCGGAAACGGUUGAGGGGGAUUUAUCUGACAAACGGUCAGACGGAAAAUCGAGGCCAAUUUUGGUAGCAUAGAGCAGAUUGUUUUAGAUUAGCGCCUGUUGAUUCCAGCCGACAGAAAGAUGGCAAAGAAGACGUACGAUUUGCUGUUCAAAUUGUUGCUGAUCGGUGAUUCCGGCGUUGGGAAAACAUGCAUCCUGUUCCGCUUCUCCGACGAUGCAUUCACGUCCACCUUCAUCUCCACAAUCGGUAUCGAUUUCAAAAUUAAAACCAUCGAGCUACGCGGCAAAAAGAUCAAACUCCAAAUCUGGGACACGGCCGGUCAGGAGCGAUUCCACACGAUCACCACCUCCUACUACCGGGGUGCAAUGGGGAUAAUGUUGGUGUACGACAUCACCAACGAGAAGAGUUUCGACAACAUAGUCAAGUGGUUGCGGAACAUAGACGAGCAUGCGAACGAGGAUGUUGAAAAGAUGAUUCUGGGGAACAAAUGCGACAUGACAGACAAACGCGUUGUCAGCAUAGAACGAGGAGAAAGUAUCGCCCGCGAGCACGACAUCCGCUUCAUGGAGACCUCGGCCAAGGCGAACAUCAACAUCGAGAGAGCAUUCCGAGAGCUGGCCGAAGCGAUUCUGGACAAAACUUCCGGCAAGGAGACGACCGACAAUCCCGACCGGGUGGUCGUCAAUCGUGGCACCGGCGAUAAACCACCUGCCUACAAGGCGUGCUGUGCGUAGAGGGUGUGACCGACUUUUCGGGGCUGCAAUUUGCUUAUGAUGAUACCCUACAAUCUACAACUCUGCUGGCACGCUUUCAUCAUCUGUGUGGGUAUUAAUGUAGAGAAGAUUUAUAUUUUCAAUGUGUUUUAGACUCUUAAUUUUUUUAUUACUUAUUGCGAGUCAGGGGUGAGGAGCAAAUACUUACACAAAAAAAAAACGAAGUAGGGCAUAAAUUUAGUCUAAAUGGAGAGUCAUGAUGAAACAAAAUCAGAGAAGCAUUUGGAGAAUGUAAGAACUAAAACAGUGUUUUACAUUCACUUCUGAAGAAAAGUUGUUUUUUUGGGUUAUUAACUGAUGAUACGACGUGAGAUUCUGUUCGAAGCGCAAGAUAAGGGGAGGGUGUACAUGAUUUUAGGUUUGCAAUCAAGUUCUAAUUAUUCUUUCUAUGUAGGAAAGCUUCUAUGUAGUAUUUUAGUCUGUACCGCCGCUGACGCAUGCACGAUCGCCAAUAAUGAAUGUAUCGAUAUUUUCUAACA